UCGUCGGCCGCGGGAUUCAAGUCAAAUGUCAACACGAGGAAGAGAAGGAAGGAGUGGCGGGCGGCGUGACUUUCGACCAAACCAAUUAUUACAUCUAUAAACCUACCAACAGCUGGCAGGUGUGUAAGGUAGAUGUCAGGGAUUGCUGCCCUUCAUAGAGAUGGUCGACUUCUUGAUAUACCAUAAAUUACUCAUUCCUGGCCAGAAAUCAAGGGUCUGCCUGCACUUGAGGAAAUAUGGUAAAUAAAUUGAAGAAACAAAAAUUACAAUACAUAUGUUUUGGUCCAUAAGAGGAAGGAAAAAGAAAGAGAAAGAAGAAAACAGAUGACCCACACAUUGAGAAGAGACACAUCAGGUAGUGCUGGUUUGAGGGUAAAUUUAUACAAGAGCCCACAGAACAGUGAUUUAGCAAGGUCCUGACUGAAUGGCAGAAGCCGUGAUGUGACCAUAAGGAUCUACACUUACCUGACAGCAUCGCAGGGACAUCAUCUUUAGCAAGGCACCCUAGAAGGUUUCAACAGCCGGCAAGAUGAGUGGAGAGCAGCUGGUGAGGCAUCUCCAGUCACUUGGGGCACCAGGGGCUGAGCAUCUGGUGGGGGAGGCUUACGACUGGCUAUUUGUGAAAGGCAAAGACGACCCACUUGUGACCUUCCUGCAGUGGUUCAUGAAAAACAUCACACCUAACAAUGUCAUGACUGAAGAGGAGUUGGCAGAGUUUGAAGCACUGAAGGCUGCGGGGGAGGUGCUAAGUCCCACACAGCUGCAGGAGAUGGAGGGGGCACUGUCCAGCAUCCCUUCCCUCCCUGGGGCCUCAGAGCAGGGCCAGGGGGAGCUGCUGCCUUCACCAGAGGAACUCAAGGCCUUGGAGGAUGAACUGGAAAUUCUGACACAGAGAAAGAACAUGAUCAAUGCCCACAAAAUUGAGCUGCUGAAUGAGACACAGCAGCUAAGCAAACGCCUGCAGAAGACCCAGAGUGAACUGCGGAGGCAAGUAGAAGCUGCAUCAACCACCAGUUACCACUUCAACAAGGCUCAACAGAACCUGGCUGGCGUGGUGGAUACUCACCUCAACACUUUCCACAACUUUGACCAGGCUGGAGAGGAGGAGGCUGUGUUUUUGUCCCAGGUGGACCUUGAGGAGUGGCACAGGGAGGAGGACAAGUUUACCAACCUUCUGACAACAUACAUACAGAAGCAGUUCAGAGAGGGUGUGGGUGUGGUGGCAGGCACUGAGGACUGCUCCCAGUAUGUGCUGCUGGAUGUGAACAACCUGGAGCUGUCGCUGGUGCGGGGUGCUGGCGAGGACCAGUACCGCAGGAAUGUUGCUGAGCUCAGGAGACUCAAUGCAUUGCUGCCACAGACAGAGGACUGGAGGCUGCGGGGGAUGAUACAGCAGGAGCGCAGGAAGGCCGAAGUGAUGGAGGCAGAGAAGCUGUUAGCGGCACUGCACCAGGGACACUUGCCUUCAGACCUCACUGUGCUAAAACAACAAACCCAGGAGGUGGAGGAGUCACUCACAGUGGUGGAGAAGGAGUCCCGGCACCAGCAGCAGACAAUGCAGGCUGUCCUCACUGAGGUGGCAGAACUGGAGAGCACCAAGACCAUCUCGGGUGACUACGAGUUGAAGUUGCAACGUCAGGGAUACUUCCUCACCAAGCAGAUAAUUGUGAUGGAGCAGCUGGUGUCGCAGGUGGCCCGCUACAACUGGGUCAUCAUUGCUCUCCAGACAGAGGGACACAAGCUCACUAACAUGAUGGACAUGCUUAGGAUGGUCAACACCAGGAUCACUGAGAGGGACGCCAGCUACAAGAGGAGGAUGAUACAGCUUGAGGCCACACUGAAAAAGAGUGAGGAGGACAAAGCCUCAGGAGUGCUGCCGCUCCCCCUCCACACUCUGGCCUGCCUCCUGCCACCACAAGGCCAGUCCAGGGCAAAGGCAGGAAGCAAGGAAUUGCUGCUGAAGCAAGUGGAUGGCCUCUUAACUGGCCUCAGUGUGGCUCAGGAGCAGGUUGCUACCAUCACAAGUCCACAGUUUUCAUGCCUUACUCAGAUGAUGAGUAUCUGUGAGGCCCUGGAGGCCAGUCUGUUUGGCACUCCUGGCAGCCUCCAGGCACUGCCCUUGGCCUGGCUGGAGUCAGUGCUGGCUCACCGCUGUACUGCUGCUGAACAGAAAGUGUGGGAGUUCAAGCAGAAGCUCAUCAACAUCAUAUCACAGUAUGAGAAAAAGAAAAAGAUCCUUCAGAUUGACCCAACAGUGAAUCAGGAAUUCAAGAAGUGGAUAGCUGAUGUGUUAAGAAAAUUCAAAUGAACAAAAUAUGUACAGUUGUUAAAGAACCAGACUUCUCUAUCUAUAUCUAUCAAAUUAUCAAUAUACUAAGCCAGCUAUCCUACAUGGGGUGGCCCAGACACACCAUUCACACUCUUAACUCCAUCUAUCUGUAUAUCAGACUGAUAUUCCACUCAGAGGUGCAAGGAAGAGUUUGGUGGUAGGGAACACAGAAGAGAGUAUCCCAGGUACUUAUGCUCUCUUUAGGUUGUCUUGUAGAAGAUAUAAGAGAGCCAGACUUAUAUAUCUAUACACCAGAUUGGCAUUCCAUUCAGAAGUACACUGGAGAGUUUGGUAAUAGGGAGAAUCCUAACUUCUCUUAUUGUAUCUUUUUUAAGUUGCCUUCUAGAACAUUACAGGAGAAUGUGCAGGCAAUACAGUUUUCUUCCUAGUCCUCUCACUGUCUCAUUUAAGCUGUCUUUUAGAACAUGCAGGGAAACAUGCAGCCAAUACAAUAGUAGUUUUUUUUUCCAAUCCAGGCUUUGUUCUUGCUGUGUUUGUAAUGUCCACAAUCUAUUAUUUUGAUGUAUAUUGACUUUCACUUCAGUCCCAUCCAUUGCAAGUUUAAUCCAGUGUGUGAGUGUAAGGAAUGCUGUAAGGAAUAUUUUAUACCAACACUUACACUCUCACCAUAACCUUACUGAAUGUUCCUUGAGUUUGUCUUUGUGAUGAUCUUUUCAUUCACGUGUGUGUGUGUGUGUGUGUGUGUGUGUGUGUGUGUGUGUGUGUGUGUGUGUGUGUGUGUGUGUGUGUGUGUGUGUGUGUGUGUGUGUGUGUGUGUGAGACUUUUAAAAAUUUAUUGUUAUUUUUAUUACUUAUUCAUCUGUUCAUUUAUUUCUAACCAGUGAAAUGUUGCGUGCAAGAAAUAGCUAUUGUAGAUCUUGUGAAAAGUAGCCGACACGAGAAUAGAGAAUGUUCUGAAUGGUGACAUGCAAUGGAAAGCUUUGCCCUAGUUGUAAAAAUAGAUACAUAGUAUUGAUAAAACUUUAGGUACUCCU